CAGAUUGUAAAACGGGACGACACUCCCAAAGGAGUGGGCACCACCAAAGGCAAUAAAGAUCUGCUGUUGAAGAAAGCCAUUCAGGUCUACUUGCCUGAGAUCAGUAGAUCCUGGCCAGAAGAACAUAAAGAAGUGAAAGAUCCGCUCAAGAAUCAUAGAUACGAGAUCAUAUUUGUUGGAAUUGAUGGCGAAGAAGUUGCAAGUAAAGUGAAGAUUGAAAGGAAGGUGUGGUUUGAUGGAGCUAAACUCAACAAGUGA